UAUUACUUAUAUUUACAAAAAAAAAAUUAAUGUUGAGCUCUGUAAACAACCAGUGUCUUUAGCAAUGACAGACAGUCCGAUAGAUAGAUAGAUAGAUAGAUAGAUAGAUAGAUAGAUAGAGUUUAUCAAUCCUGUGAGGAAUAUAAUUUAAUUAUUUGGGGGGUCGAGUCCCCCCUGGGGUGUGCGUGGAGUUCAGCGUGUACACUGCCACGGGUCCAAAAUCUCCUGGGAGCCACUAUAGACGAUGAAGAUAUUCAGAUGUUCAGUAUUUUUGGUAUAGAUAAAAUAGGCACAUCUUUUUUGGGGAGAGGGGAAAACUGUAAAGAUACAAAAUAAACUAGAUGGAGAUAUACAAGUUACACUUUAGUUUCGGAAUAACUGUGGGACCUCGGCAUACGACUGCCUUCCCUUAUAAAUUUUUCAAGAAAUUUGCAUCAGCAUACAAAGCAUUUUUGGCAUCCGAACCGAACCAAAGUAGCGCGCAUGUCUGGGAGCCAUUCAAAACUUGCUUGCGUUAGUAGACAAAAAAGCAAAUUGACACCAACAAAGCCAUGUGAUUUUCAACUCUUUUUUUUAAUAUUGGUAAUAUGUUUAGGUGCCUGAAACAGAUUAUCUGCGUUUACAUUAUUUCCUAUGAACUGACCUCCAAAACGAAUUUUAAAAACGUGUGUUUCGGAUUUACAGGGAUCUGGCAACCCUCUGCUCAUGUUGCGAGGUGACAGAUGAGCUGCUAGUUCUGUGUGAACAACACAGAAACUCUUAUUUCGUAAAAAAAAUAAUGUUGUCUUCUACGUGGAACUUUAUUAAGCGCCAUAAAAGGAAAUUUAUUUUCGCUGGCGCAUUUGCUGGAGGUGUGUACUUGCUUGGGAAGUUCGCCCAGAGAAAGCUCCAGGAGAUGCAGGAGCGGGAGACGGCGGAGUACAUCGCUCAGGCUCGGAGGCAGUUCCACUUCGAAAGUAACCAGAGGACAUGCAACAUGACGGUGUUGUCCCUGCUCCCUACACUGAGAGAGGCAAUCAUACAUCACCUGAACUCGGAGAGUCUCACGGCGCUGCUGAAAUCAAGGCCAGCUAACAAGCUUGAGAUCUGGGAAGAUCUUAAGACAAUCAGUUUUACCCGGAGCAUCGUGGCCGUCUACAGCACCUGCAUGCUGGUGGUGUUACUCCGCGUUCAGCUCAACAUCAUCGGAGGCUACCUGUACCUGGACAACUCUCUCACUAAAAAUGGAACGACUCCUUUGGCUCCUCCUGAAGUCCAACAGAAAUACCUGUCGAGUAUCCAGCACCUUCUAGGAGAUGGUCUGAUUGAGCUGAUAACCAUGGUGAAGAAAGCAGUGCAGGAGAUCCUGGGACCGAUCUCGUUGAAGCAGAGUAUGUCUCUGCAAGAGCUCGAGCAGCACAUCUUUCACAUCAGACAGCUGGUGGAGGAAAACUCAGACCCGUCCCGGUUCAGAGCGCUGUCCUGCUACAUGAUGCCGGAUGAGGAGAACCCGCUACCUGAGCAGGCUUGUGGUCUAAUGGAGAGCGAUAAGACAACGAUAAAACUACUGAACGAGACCAGGGACAUGCUGGAGAACCCAGACUUCAGUACGAUACUCAGUGCGUGUCUGAACAAGGGCUUCAGCCGUUUUCUUGACAACAUGGCAGAAUUCUUUUGUCCUAACACCCAAGCAGACCCCACCCUGAGCAACACACACAAAGGACUUUUACAUGUAAGUCUUCCACUGGCGAAAAUAAUCCCCAUUACUAAUGGACAGAUCCACUCGAUAUGCAGCGAAACCCCCAGUCAGUUUGUUCAGGAUCUUUUAACGACAGAGCAAGUAAAAGAAUUUGCAGCCAACGUUUAUGAAGCGUUCAGUAACCCUCAUGAGCUGCAGAAGUAGGCAGAGGAUCUAGAAAGAGAUCUUGGUAGAGUCAUUUUAUUGCCUUAACCUCUUGGAGGGAGAAGGUACACAUGGAGAAACACAGUGUCAUGGAGGCAUUUCAGUUUCUCCCAAUAAACCUGGAGGACUUAUUUCCCCCCAUACUGUUUGUAAAUUCCUGGAGAUCUGUUUUUAAUCCUAAAUAAUUUACUUCCUAACUUCACAAGAUUUGGCCGAUUCCCACACAUUAUCCACACCCGUAGAGGAAGGCUCAUGUAACACAGUGGGGCAAUGUAGCACACCCGGAGGAAAGCAUGCACAAGCUCACAGACACCAUGAGAAUAUCUUUUCUGCUCAUUGAAGCCAAACUUUUUUUUUUUUUUUUUUAACAGUUAAAAUGUAGAACGGUCUGACGAAUAAGUCUUCCUAGUUCUUUAAAAAAAAAUUAUUUUUUAUCCUGGUCUGUUCUGUCCUUUUUCAGCUCCAGAGCUCACAUAAUGAUUGGUUAAAAAAACAAAUGUGAAAAUUCUGGACUGAAUAAAUCAUCUCCAAUUAAAGUAUGGUUUCUUCAGCUGGAAUCUGAGACAAAGCUCAGUCUGGGUUACCUAUCCAACUGAAGCGACACUGGAGGAUAGGUGUCACUCAAGAUGCCUGUUAUUGACUGUAAUAACAAAUACCUGAUGCUUUUCAGCUAAUGUGAAAAGCACAUACAUUCAGUAGAACAACGAAAGAGAAAGAUGUACUAAAUCAAUCUUAAGUUUAUUGAAACUAAUGAAGAAUAAUAAAAAAAUUAUGAAUGA